AUGGCUUUCACUUCUGCUUCCGUGGAUGAUUUUAUCAAUCCAAACUUCACGCUGGCUUCAACAUGCGCGUCAACGCGCCAUCGCUAUCCAGGACAACAUGAUGCAGUGCUACCCUCCGGGUACCUUGACAGUGAUGAUUUUAUGAUUUCGUCGACUUCAGCAAUGAGUUACCCCUCUGUGACUGCUCCGGAGACUUCUUAUCCCCUCUCCGUGACUUCCAGCCUCAGCGGGUAUGAUGCCGACCCAGCAUAUGAUGAAUUCUUGACAGAAGAUGCGCUGUCAGGCAACAAUUUCGUGGAUAUGAAUCUCGUCUCGUCGUCGCAAUACCCAGGACAAAUUCAAUCCCAGGAUAUCAUGAACCAUGGAUAUGUGCCAUCGGAUCUGUCAUCGUAUAGUCCCGGAAUGCUGAACAACUCUUAUCCCACGGAGAUGCCGCUGGCAAAUGGUCCUCUCACACCACCACCUGAGGAGCAAGUCCACCAGGAACUAUUCCACCAACAUUAUGUAUCCACUCAGGGAUUCUUGGAAGAUCCAUAUCAGGCGAACGAGGAUUCUUCUCUCUACCGGGCUUCUGCUACGUCCAAACCCACCGCCUAUAGGUCAGCUCACUCCGUGACAAUGGCCCUUCGACUUGCUAACCCACUUCUACGUAGUAUUCCAAAGCGUAUAGUGAUCCAACCAAGGCCAAUCCGGUCUGCCCUGGAACGUGAUGGCACCACAAGUGAUUCCGGAAGUUCUUCCACGGACACCCGCUUUUCCCAUGAGGAUCCAUCCGGAGACAAAGCCAAGGUCAGGAACAAUCCCCUGUAUGAUGCAAAGCCGGACGAAGAUGGAUAUUUCCGUUGUCCCAUGGUCAAGGAGCACCAAUGCAAAUCCCACAAGCCAACGAAGCAAAAGUGCAUCUACAACAAAUACUUGGAUUCCCAUUUAAGGCCCUACAGAUGCCGGUUCACGGACAAGCCAGAAUGCGAGGAUGCCAGGUUUUCCUCCAACGCCUGCCUCUUCAGGCAUGAACGGGAAGCCCAUGGGCUCCACAACCACGGAUUCAAUCCCUUCUUGUGUAAAUUCUUGGACUGCGACAGAUCCAGAGAAGGGAAUGGCUUUCCUCGCCGCUGGAACCAGCGAGACCACAUGAGGCGUGUUCAUGAUUAUGAAGAAAAGGAGACUACCAAGGACCGCACCACCGAACAAACCAAGAGGAGAAAGACCCAAGGAACACCCACAUCGGCCGCAAUGAAGCGAUCUGCCUCUUCGGCUUAUUCCAAGGCUCAAGCUAUGGCAGGUGCCGCCAUUAGCUCCCGAUAUGGCCGUGUCAACCAGGCACGUUACAAUGCGCCCGUCAUGUAUUCUGCUCAACUUCAGGAUCCCAAGAUGAUGAGUCUGGGAAAGGUCCAGUACUCCACCACGAUUCCCGAUGCGUCUCAGUGCUUGCCUUCGCGAUCCAAGGCUUAUCCCGGAUGA